GUCACCUAUAUCCUGAGGCCUGAGAUCCCAGACCUGACGGCCCCCUACAUCGACAAUGUCCCUUGCAAGGGCCCCGAAUCCAACUACCGCAAUACAAACGGGGUCUACGAAACCAUUCCGCAGAACCGCGAAAUCCGGUGUUUCGUGUGGGAACACUUUGGCAACAUCAAUCGGGUAGUCCAACGGAUGAAGUACGCUGGGGGUACUUUCUCAGGCACCAAGUUGAUCCUCUGCGCGCGGGAAAUCAUGGUUGUUGGACAUCGCUGUACGCCAGAGGGGCAGCUUCCGGACGAGUCCCGCGCAGCAGUGAUCCGCAACUGGGGUCCCUGCAAAGACCUUUUGGACAUGCGGGCAUUUCUCGGAACGAUUGGA